AUGAGAACUAAGACUUCAACAAAUCAGUUAUGCUGUUUGCUUCUCCAUCUACAUUCCUCCGAGAGGAUGUUAUAUCUCAGCGGCCUUAUCCUCGAGCGCGUUGAUGUCACUAACAACGAAUAUCGCCGUGUGGGACUAUUGGAGUACUCUAAAUGGAUUCCAGUCGAAAUUGGGCACAUCGGGAAAGUUCUUAUAGAAGAUCCAUUUCUAUCCACUUUUGGUGAUAUUGAACAGACAGGAGAUAAGUCACUGAUUGGCUGGUAA